GAUAAAGGAGUAGAUUUUCCACUUAAAUUCCCCCCUUCUCUCAACUGUGACGUCUCUAACCUCUUCCUUUAUCCUACCAAAAGCUUCUGACUUUUGGAGCUUCAGAAUCAGGAAGCGCGGUCGCCGUCUUUCUCCCAUCGCGCUCAAAUUGUUUUGCUCAAUUUCCUGCUCGCACAUACACGAGUCAAAGAUAGAGGACGAGCAAAACCGUCGGACCCGUCGAGCAUUUAAUCGCAUCUCUCAAUCGCUCUUUUUUUCGGGAUCUAAGCGACGCACGAUUUCCGCUAGAAUUGCAUUUCGUCUUUGAGAUUCGGACGCGUUCGAGAUCUGAGCUGACUGAUUUGUAUAAACGCGUGGUCCAAAGAUAGCUUUGGUAUGACAGAAACAACAUCUGAUUCUCCACGCUUCGCACCUGAGGACCCUUCUCUCCCUAAACCUUGGAGAGGCCUUGUUGAUGGCAAGACUGGGUAUCUUUACUACUGGAAUCCAGAGACCAAUGUUACUCAGUACGAUAGGCCUGGGUAUGUAAGUUCUUCUGUUCAGAAAUCUUCCGAAGGACACCACAGAGACAAUGCUGAUGAUAGAUAUGACAGAGGUUACUGCGGUUCAAGUAAGGGUUCUGGUAGGGAGGACUAUAAGACUGAAAGAAAUAACUUUGACCAUUCUCGUGGCAUUUCAAACACCACAUCUGCAGUAGGAAAUGGUUCAUCUGCUUAUAAAGAUAGCUCAUCAAAUGCGGGAAGUGAAUUAUCUCCAGAUUCUUAUCGCCGUCGUCAUGAAAUAUCCGUAACGGGAGAUAAUGUGCCUCCACCGUUGAUGUCAUUCCACUCAACUGGGUUUCCAUCGGAGAUUUUGAGAGAGGUACAUCAAGCUGGGUUUUCAGCUCCUACACCGAUACAGGCCCAAUCGUGGCCUAUAGUUCUUCAGGGCCGAGAUAUUGUAGCUAUUGCUAAGACUGGCUCAGGAAAAACAUUGGGCUACCUUAUCCCUGGCUUUAUACAUCUGAAACAGUGCCGUAAUAAUCCUCGAUUGGGUCCCACCGUGUUAGUUUUGUCACCCACAAGGGAGUUAGCAACACAGAUACAAGAGGAAGCUGUGAAGUUCAGUAAAUCUUACAAGAUAUCUUGCACAUGUUUAUAUGGAGGCGCACCAAAGGGUCCACAACUGAGGGAUGUAGAUAGAGGGGUAGAUGUUGUAGUGGCCACUCCUGGACGUUUGAAUGACAUUCUGGAAAUGCGAAGAAUUAGCCUUAAGCAGGUUUCCUACUUGGUGUUAGAUGAAGCAGAUCGUAUGUUGGACAUGGGGUUUGAACCUCAAAUAAGGAAGAUUGUGAAGGAGGUCCUUGCUCGGAGGCAAACUCUUAUGUUCACAGCAACAUGGCCAAAGGAGGUCCGGAAAAUUGCUGCUGAUCUGCUGGUUAAUCCUGUGCAGGUUAACAUUGGGAAUGUUGAUGAGCUUGUUGCAAACAAGGCUAUUACACAGUAUAUUGAAGUGUUGCCACAAGCAGAGAAGACGAGGAGGCUAGAACAUAUAUUAAGAUCUCAAGAACCAGGAUCCAAAGUGAUCAUUUUUUGUUCAACAAAGAAGAUGUGCAAUGCACUUGCUGGUACCCUUACUCGUCAAUUUGGGGCAGCAGCUAUUCAUGGAGACAAAUCUCAGAGCGAGAGAGAUUAUGUGUUAAAACAGUUUCGCACUGGCAGGUCCCCAAUUCUUGUGGCAACCGAUGUUGCUGCUCGUGGUUUGGACAUCAAAGAUAUCAGGGUCGUAAUAAAUUAUGACUUCCCUACCGGAAUAGAGGAUUAUGUUCACAGAAUAGGAAGGACGGGACGGGCAGGAGCAACUGGUGUUGCGUACACCUUUUUCACCGACCAGGAUGGCAAAUAUGCAGCCGACCUCAUCAAGGUCUUAGAAGGUGCUAAUCAACGUGUUCCUGCUGAACUAAGGGAUGUCAGGUCACGCAGUGGUGGAAGGGGAAAGGCCAGGCGUGCAUGGAGGUCUGGCCCAGCUAGACGCGAAGGAGGAGGAGGAGGAGGACAUGGGCGCAAUGAUUCAGGCAAUGGCGUGCGCGAUGGGGGCGCAAGGGGAAGUUUGGGCAUGUCUUCCUCAUUAGGUAGAGGCGGCGGUGGUCAUGGAUUCGAACGUGAUUCAAGCGACAGACAUGGCCACAGCACUCAUGACAACAAUGCUCUCGGUAGUAACCAUAACCCCACUUCCGACAGGUUUGGCCGCAGCCGGAGCAGAAGCCCAAACAGGGGGGCUUCAAGAUGGGGUGGCGGCGGUGGCGGCAAUGGUAGUAGGAGUAGGGCCCGCAGCCGCAGUGUCGAGAGGUUUGACCGGUCCCGCAGCCGCAGUGUCGAGAGGUUUGACCGGUCCCGCGAAGGCCGGAGUUUCCACGAGGCGGCCACGGCAUCCCGGGCAGGAACAUCCGCCGGGAAGCAGAGAUUGCCGCCAGCGUACGAGGCGGAGAACCACUACGGCUCCAAGGCGGAGAGCCUCAGAAGAUCAUACAAGCACCGGGAAAGGUCGCCUCCGCGGCAGACUAACGGGAAAUAUGCCGGCGACACUUCUCGGCAGAACAGCGGGGAGGAAGAGGAAGGCAUAUUCCAUCCCCCGGACGAGAAGGUUUACUGAGAGAUGGUGAGGAUGAUCUUUGUAAUGGUCACACCAGACUUUGUGGGUGAAAUUGUAGUGGUAGAGGAUUGUUUGCAUUGUUUUGUGAUUGGAAGUGUGUGUGUAAUAGGACUGACUACUUGUUUAGUAAUGUGGGUUUUACAUAAUAUAGAUUGGGUGUGAUUUGUAUUUUAAAUUACUGAUAGAUAGAGAGAUAUAUAAUGUGGACUAUUAUUAUUGACUCAAAAAGACAUUGAAUUCAUUAUAUUUGUGGUCAUUAUAUUCUGUAG